CUUAUGACGAAUCAAUCAACCAUGAAAAUAUCAAGUCUUGAAUGAAAACCACUUGUAGAAAAGUUAAAAGGCAGAUAAGAGAAUCUCUCCUGAAAAUCUUCGUCUUCUUCCUUUCCUCUCCACCAAAACAAACCCCAAUUUCAAUUUCCUGAAAAAAAGAAGAAAAGGGAAUAAAAGAGGGAAGUGAAGUUCAAGUCUCCAUGGACAGACUGGUAAAGGCAGACGUGAAGGAAGUGGAGAUAGCAUAUAAGGGAAGUCAAAACUGCAGCACAACUUUCAGAUUAACCAACCUUAUGCACACCAUGUCUGUGGCAAUCUCUUUGUCCACGACAAACCCCUCUGCUUUCUCUUUCGCACAGCCUUUCUCUAUAUUACCACCUUUGUCUUCCUCAUCUUACACAAUUGUCCUCUCUCGGUCAUCCGAACAGCCUCCUCUGUCUUCUCCUCCUGAUGCCAUCUCUGUUAAAUCAUCCAUGCUACCUACAGGCAAGGCUCAUCAGGAUGAACUCCGCCGACUGUUUUCAAAACCUGGACCCCAUAUUUUUAGAGACGCCACCAUCCCUGUCUACCUCGUGGGUCCCCAAGUUGCUGAAUAUAUCAUCUCCAAUCACACCCAAAUUACUGAUGUCUCCGGUUACUUCAACAGGGCUAUUUGUAGAUGUACCGGCUCCCAGAUCACAGGACUGCUCGAAUCUGCUGUGCCAUCUGGUAAUCUAAAUUUGGUCACUAGCUUGAUUGAUCACGGUGGUAAUGUAAAUUGCAAGGAUUCAGAGGGACGGUCCUUGAUCUCUCUAGCUGUUCAGGCUGGGCAGAUUGAUGUAGUUAAGGUUUUGAUUGCUUCUGGAUGUGUAAUUGAUGGCUCCAUUGAUAAAGUAUUGCACUAUGCAGCGGCUAUAAAUAGAGUGGAUUUGAUGGUUGUUCUGUGUGAUAGUUUCGAAAACAUUGAAGUAAAUUCAGCUGAUUUACGCGGUAGAACUCCAAUUCAUGUCGCUGCAAGCAGGGGCCAUGUUGAAGUGAUUAGGUUUUGUGUGAGUGCUGGAGGGAAAACUGGGGUUUUGGAUCAUGACGCGUCGAGCCCGCUUCAUUUGGCAGCACAAAAAGGGCACUUAGAGACUACGGAGUAUUUAUUGGAUUGUUCAGAUUAUUCUGUCAAGCAUUUAGUGAACAAAGAAGGAAAAACUGCUUUCUCUAUCGCAGUUGAUAAUGGACAUUCGCAUUUGUAUGAUUUGUUGCAUAUGGGAGAUGUUUUGCAAAGAGCAGCUAGAGUAGAUGAUGUGAAUGGUAUCAAGAGUUGCCUUGCAGAAGGGGCAGAGGUUAAUAGAAGUGACCAGAAUGGAUGGACACCUUUGCAUAGAGCUGCCUUUAAGGGAAGAAUUGAGAGCGUUAAAGUGUUGCUUAAUCACGGAGCUCAAGUUAAUGCUGUUGACAAUGCUGGGCACACACCACUUCAUUGUGCAGUUGAAGCAGGGCAUAUGCAGGUUGCUCUGUUGUUAAUUGCUCACGGAGCUAGUGCAAAAGUGAAAAGUCUCAAGGGGAUUGUGCCUUUGAAUAUGGAUUGCUUUAAGAAUCACCCUUCUCUAGUCAAGCCCUUGUGUCAAGAAAAAAAGAAAAGUGAAACUGAGGUAUCUGUUUGCUGAUCAUGAAAACGAAUUGAGCUUUAGCUUUCAUAGUAAUGUUUCCUUUACUUUUGCCAUGGAUUGAUGCGGCCUCCGUGAAGAGUGUUCCCGUUUUUUUGUGUUUGUCGAUCUGCCUCAAAACUCAAAAGUUCCUAGGUAAUUUCAGUCAAUUGCGGGCAUAGAAAAACUUGACUAGGGCAGAUGUAUUUGUUUGGUCGAAUCUCGGUUCGCUGGGAGUAACUCCCGGCUUUCCGACCGAUUUGAAGAUAUAUAGGUAUGUGUUUUGCUAUGGUUUCUAAAUAAAAUUGAAGUGGGUAUGUAUCAUUUGGAUGAUAUCUUUCUGCAUAAA